GCGAACCCGCUACCUUUUGUCCAAUUAGUCCAAAAAGAAAUUGUUCCCUUUUGAGUGCUUUAACCUAAGACCAAAUCAUUAGCCCAUUGGCCAUUACUCGUCAAAAUUUCCUAUUUAAUACUCCAAUUGGCUCAUUCUCUCCACGUUCCCAUUUUACUCUCUCCCUCUCUCUCUUUGCAAAUCCUAACAAACAGCUAUGGCCGGAAACUCAGAAGAAAUCGUCUCUGACGACGUUAAGUUUGGAUUUCAACGUUCAGAGAUGUACGAACUUAAGCUUUCUGGUACUGCUACUAUCUACGAUCGACACGUGUUCCUUUGCUACAAAUCACACGAAACUUGGCCUUCUCAUGUUAAAUCCUCCGAUUCCGAUCCAUUUCCGAAACUAUUCGCUGCUACUCUUAAAGCCCGCAAAGAUGAUAUUAAACUCGAGACUGUUUUGACCAUUUGCGAAGUACGUGAAGACAUUGGACUAUCAGAUGGAGAUGUUUUGAUUUUCCCUGAAAUGAUCAAAUACAGGAAUUUGAAGGAGUCAGAUGUUGAUGCUUUUGUUGAGGAUGUGCUUGUGAAUGGCAAGCCUUGGACUUCUGGACCACAGGAGCCACUAAGUGGUUCUUAUGUAUUUGUCUGUUCCCACAAUAAUCGAGAUCGAAGGUGUGGUGUAUGUGGACCAAUUCUGAUUGAAGAAUUCGGAAAGGCGAUUGAGUCCAAGGACUUGAAAAGCGAAGUUUACGUGACAGCUUGUUCACAUGUUGGAGGCCACAAGUAUGCUGGUAAUGUGAUAAUAUUCAGUACUGAUAAAGAUGGGAAAAUUGCUGGGCAUUGGUAUGGCUACGUUACCCCAGAUGAUGUACCUCUUUUGCUUGACGAGCAUAUCGGAGAGGGAAAAGUCAUUGACCGACUUUGGAGGGGCCAAAUGGGACUGCGUGCUGAGAUAACUGAUAAGGUGAAUGAGCAAGUUCCCAAUGGAACCAUUGUGGACCAAAAAGAACAAGCGCCUGCAGAAACUGCUAGUCAGGGAUGUUGUCAAGGUGCUACAGGAGUUUCUUGUUGUAGAGACGCGACUCCUGAGGAGAAAGAGGUAGAGGAGAAGGGGCAGGGAAGACUUCCAAGCUGCUUCAGAAAAUGGGAUAAGCCUGAAGUUUUGACAGCCAUCGGCGUGGUAGGGGCAGUGGCUUUUGUUGCUGUUGCUUAUGGAUUUUACAAGAAGUCACACUGAAAUGUCUUCACAAAAGUGUAUGCAUCCAGAGGUUCCAGACAUCGUCUGUUUUAAAGAGUAAUGAUGUAACUCUAAACCAUGACAUUUGCUACGUGUUAGGUCUGAAUUUUUCUAAGGGAGCAAAACGU